AUGGAAAACAAGGACUUUUGUGUGUGUGAGGAGGACACACCCGAGGACAAGGUGCGUGAGGACUGUCAGCCAGGAGAGGGAGGUGAGGACAAGGUGCGUGAGGAUGAGGAACAUGAGAGGACGUCAGAGACACGGAGGCUGACAGUGAAGACCUCCGGCCCUGUGUGCUGUGUGACACUACGGCGGGAACACUACGGCAGGAACACUACGGCGGGAACACUACGGCGGGAACAGAGAACACUACGGCGGGAACACUACGGCGGGACACUAACGGCAAGAACAUUACGGCGGGAACACUACGGCAGGAACACUAACGGCAGGAACACUACGGCGGAACACUACGGCGGGAACACUAACGGCAGGACACUAACACUACGGCGGGAACAUUACGGCGGGAACACUACGGCGGGAACAUACGGGGGAACACUACGGCGGGAACAUUACGGCAGGAACACUACGGCGGGGAACACUAACGCAGGAACAUUACGGCGGGAACACUACGGCGGGAACAUUACGUCAGGAACACUACGGCGGGAACAUUACGGCAGGAACACUACGGCAGAAACACUACAGCGGGAACACUACGGCAGGCGGGAGCACUACUGCGGGAACACUACGGCGGAACACUACGGGGGAACACUACAGCAGGUAACGGCAGGAACACACGGAACACUACGACAGGAACACUACGGAGGACACUACGGCGGGAACACUACGGCGGGAGCACUACUGCGGAACACUACGGCGGGAACAUUACGGCGGAAACACUACGGGAACAUUACGGCAGGAACACUACGGCAGGAACACUACAGCGAACACUACGGCAGGGAGCACUACGACAGGAACACUACGACAGGACUACGGCGGGAACACUACGGCGGGAACACUACGGAACACUACGGCGGGAACACUAACGGCAGGAACAUUACGGCGAACACUACGGCGGGAACAUUACGGCGGGAACACUACGGCGGGACAUUACGGCAGGAACACUACGGCAGAAACACUACAGCGGGAACACUACGGCAGGAACACUACGACAGGAACACUACGACAGGAACACUACGGCGGGAACACUACGGCGGGAACACUACGGGAGCACUACGGCGGGAACACUACUGGAGGAAACACUACAGCAGGAACACUAACGGGGAACACGACAGGAACACUACAGGGAACACUACUGCGGGAGCACUACUGCGGGAACACUACGGCGGGAACACUACGGGGAACACUACGGCGGGAGCAUUACAGCGGGAACACUGCGGGGAACACUACGGCAGGAACACUACGGCGGGAACACUGCUGGAACACUACGGCGGGAACACUAAGCAUUACAGCGGGAACACUACGGCGGGAACACUACGGCAGGAACACUACGGCAUGAGCACUAUGGCAAGAACACUAACGGCAGAAACACUAUGGCGGGAACAUAACGGCAGGAACACUACGGCAGGGAGCAGGAACACUAUGGCAGGAACGCCACGGCAGGAACAAUACGGUGGGAGCACUACUGCAGGAGCAUUGGCACUACAGGAACACUACGGCAGGAACACUACGGCAGGAACACUACGGCGGGAGCAUUACAGCGAACACUACGGCAGGAACACUACGGCAGGAACACUACGGCGGGAGCAUUUAGCGGGAACACUACGGCAGGAACACUACGGGAACACUACGGGAGCAUUACAGCGGGAACACUGCAGCAGGAACACGGCAGGAACACUACGGCGGGAGCAUUACUGGCGGGAACACUACGGCAGGAACACUACUACGGCAGGCUACGGCGGGAGCAUUACUACGGCGGGAACACUACGGCAGGAACACUACGGCGGGAGCAUUACGGCCACGCGGGAACACUACGGCAGGAGCACUACGGCGGGAACAUUACAGCUACGGCGGGAGCACUACGGCAGGAACACUACGGCGGGAGCACUGCAGGAGCAUUACAGCGGAACACUACGGCAGGAACACUACGGCAGGAACACUACGGCGGGAGCAUUACAGCGGAACACUACGGACAGGAACACUACGGCAGGAACACUACGGCGGGAGCAUUACAGCGGGAACACUACGGCGGGAACACUACGGCAGGAACACUACGGCGGAGCACCUGCGGUUACAGCAGGAACACUACGGCGGCGGGAACACUACAACACUACGGCGGGAACACUACGGCACACACUACGGCGGAACACUAUUGGCACUACGGCAAGAACACUAACGGCAGAAACACUAUGGCGGGAACAUAACGGCAGGAACACUACGGCAGGAGCAGGAACACUAUGGCAGGAACGCCACGGCAGGAACAAUACGGUGGGCAGCAACCAGUGGUCCUCGACCACCCUAAACAUUAUAUCACAAAACUGUAUAUAA